AUGGAGCAGCCCGAGGACAUGACGUCGCUGGGCGAGUUCGACUCCUUGGCGGGCAGCAUCCCGGCCACCAAGGUGGAGAUCACCGUGUCCUGCAGGAACCUUUUGGACAAGGACAUGUUUUCCAAGUCUGACCCACUGUGCGUCAUGUAUACUCAAGGGAUGGAGAACAAGCAGUGGAGGGAGUUCGGACGCACCGAGGUCAUCGACAACACUCUCAACCCCGACUUCGUGCGCAAGUUCAUCGUGGACUACUUCUUCGAGGAGAAGCAGAACCUCCGCUUCGACCUAUACGACGUUGACUCGAAGAGCCCAGACUUAUCCAAACACGAUUUCCUGGGCCAGGCCUUCUGCACCCUCGGAGAGAUUGUGGGGUCCCCCGGGAGCCGCCUGGAGAAGCCCCUCACGAUAGCGGCGUUCAGCCUGAACUCCAGGACGGGCAAACCCAUGCCGGCCGUGUCCAGCGGCGGUGGCCCAGGGAAGAAGUGUGGCACCAUCAUCCUGUCGGCCGAGGAGCUCAGCAACUGCCGGGAUGUUGCCACGAUGCAGUUCUGCGCCAACAAGCUGGACAAGAAAGACUUCUUCGGGAAGUCCGACCCGUUCCUGGUGUUCUACAGGAGCAACGAGGACGGAACGUUCACCAUCUGCCACAAGACCGAGGUCAUGAAGAACACCCUAAACCCAGUGUGGCAAACGUUCUCCAUCCCCGUGAGGGCCCUCUGCAACGGGGACUAUGACCGGACCAUCAAGGUGGAGGUGUACGACUGGGACCGCGACGGCAGCCAUGAUUUCAUCGGGGAGUUCACCACCAGCUACCGGGAGCUGGCCCGCGGGCAGAGCCAGUUCAACAUCUAUGAGGUGGUAAACCCAAAAAAGAAAAUGAAGAAAAAGAAAUACGUGAACUCUGGCACGGUCACGCUGCUGUCCUUCGCUGUGGAGUCCGAGUGCACGUUUCUCGACUACAUCAAAGGAGGGACCCAGAUCAACUUCACCGUGGCCAUCGACUUCACGGCCUCCAACGGGAACCCCUCGCAGUCCACGUCGCUGCACUACAUGAGCCCCUACCAGCUGAACGCCUACGCGCUGGCGCUGACCGCCGUCGGGGAGAUCAUCCAGCACUACGACAGCGACAAGAUGUUCCCCGCCCUUGGCUUCGGCGCCAAGCUGCCCCCCGACGGCAGGGUGUCCCACGAGUUCCCGCUGAACGGCAACCAGGACGACCCGUCGUGCUGCGGCAUUGACGGCAUCCUGGAGGCCUACCACCAGAGCCUGCGCACCGUGCAGCUCUACGGCCCCACCAACUUCGCGCCCGUCGUCACCCACGUGGCCAGGAGCGCGGCCGAGGUGCAGGACGGCUCCCAGUACUCCGUGCUGCUCAUCAUCACCGACGGCGUCAUCUCCGACAUGGCACAGACCAAGGAGGCCAUCGUCAACGCUGCCAAGCUGCCCAUGUCCAUCAUCAUCGUCGGCGUGGGCCAGGCAGAGUUCGAUGCCAUGGUGGAGCUGGACGGCGAUGAGGUGCGGAUCUCUUCCCGGGGGAAGCUGGCCGAGCGGGACAUCGUCCAGUUCGUGCCCUUCAGGGACUACGUGGACCGCACGGGCAACCACGUGCUGAGCAUGGCGCGCCUGGCCCGCGACGUGCUGGCCGAGAUCCCGGACCAGCUGGUGUCCUACAUGAAGGCCAAGGGCAUCCGCCCGCAGCCCCCGCCCGAGGCCCCCGCAGGCUCCCCCUCCCAGUCCCCGGCCUGCACGCCCCCCGCCUCCCCCGGGCACCCGCCCAUCUGA